UAAUACAGAGUUUCUCGGAAACGAAAGUGUUUGCUCUUGUUGAAAGUAUAAAUAAAGUUUAUAUUAAACAUGAUCCAAAUACUUAGGAAUGCAGCUUGUACGCCAUUAAAGAGUUUAACACGAUACAUACGGCCGGCUGUAUUCGCAUGCGAUAGAGUUCAGUUCAGUACAUAUCGAUCGUCAGUGAUCAAUAAUCCCGCAUUUAAUCGUUCGAAUGGAAGGCUGAUACUGGCACUACGCAAUGCAGCACUGUAUGGAAACUCUAGAAGCUUUUGCAGCAAAAAUGAUUCUAGUUCCGAUGAUCCAGUUGAUCCGCCGGUGGAGCCUCCAGUCACUUUCACGAAUCAGCUGCCAGCCACCGUAGCUAUUCCAGAAGUAUGGCCCCAUUUACCAGUCAUAGCCACUAAGCGAAACCCCGUGUUUCCGCGUUUUAUGAAAAUCCUUGAGGUAUCAAAUCCAAUGUUGAUUGAUUUGCUACGACGCAAAGUGAAGCUGAAUCAGCCGUAUGUAGGCAUUUUCCUAAAACGGGACGAUGACAACCCGAACGAGGUGAUGGAAACAUUGAAAGAGGUGUACGACGUGGGUACAUUUGCACAAAUCCAAGAAAUGCAGGAUCUCGGCGACCGCUUACGGUUGGUAGUUACGGCGCACAGGCGCAUCAAAAUCGUUGGUCAACUUUAUGAAGACUUGGACGCACCGGCACCAGGCAAGGAAAUGUCUAUAAAAUAUCCGUUCUUUAAAACGCAAAUCGGGGUUUCGGUAGACGAACCGGAUGCGGAGAAGCGUCGAAGAAAGCACAAACUGAGGAACAAACAAAUACGCAACGCAAACAACGAUCACUCGGCGGACGGUACGCCAGUGGAGGAAGCCCCAAAGCGCCGACUACUGAAAGAUGGUGAACAACAGCCGCUGCUUAUGGUUGAGGUAGAAAACGUGAAACAUGAGAGCUUCAAACAUACGGAGGAAGUUAAAGCAUUAACACAAGAAGUGAUUAAAACUAUUCGUGAUAUUAUUACCAUGAAUCCGUUGUACCGUGAAAGUCUUCAGCAGAUGCUGCAUCAAAACCAGCGUGUAGUGGACAAUCCGGUUUAUUUGUGCGAUCUGGGAGCAUCUCUGUCGGCAGCGGAACCGGCCGAGCUGCAGGAGAUCUUGGAAGAAAUGGAUAUUCCUAAACGUUUGAUGCUUUCAUUGUCGAUGUUGAAGAAAGAGCUAGAACUUUCCAAGUUACAGGCAAAGAUUGGCCGUGAGGUGGAGGAAAAGGUAAAACAGCAGCACCGCAAAUACAUCCUGCAGGAACAGCUGAAGGUAAUCAAAAAGGAGCUCGGUAUCGAGAAAGAUGAUAAAGACGCUAUCGGAGAAAAAUACCGCGAGCGGAUAAAGGAUAAAGUUGUACCCAAGGCCGUUGCCGAUGUCAUUGAGGAGGAACUGACAAAGCUCAACUUUCUCGAAAGUCAUAGCUCGGAGUUUAAUGUUACGAGGAAUUAUUUAGACUGGUUAACCACACUACCGUGGGGUGUAAUGAGUGAGGAAAACUUGGACAUCGAUCAGGCGACCAAAAUAUUGGACGAAGAUCACUACGGUAUGGAGGACAUCAAAAAACGUAUUCUCGAGUUUAUCGCCGUUAGUCAGCUGAAGGGAACGACACAAGGCAAAAUCCUUUGCUUCUAUGGUCCUCCGGGUGUGGGAAAAACCAGUAUAGCCCGAUCAAUCGCGAAAGCUCUGAACAGGGAGUACUUCCGGUUUAGUGUGGGCGGUAUGACGGAUGUGGCAGAAAUUAAGGGACACCGCCGGACAUACGUCGGUGCUAUGCCGGGCAAAUUGAUACAAUGUUUGAAAAAAACUAAGACCGAAAAUCCUUUAGUUUUGAUCGACGAGGUGGACAAAAUCGGAAGGGGAUACCAGGGUGAUCCCAGUUCUGCAUUGCUCGAGUUGCUCGAUCCGGAACAAAAUGUAAAUUUCUUGGAUCACUAUCUGGACGUGCCAGUCGACCUAUCGAAGGUUCUAUUCAUCUGCACGGCGAAUGUAAUUGACACGAUACCCGAGCCCCUGCGCGAUCGAAUGGAAAUGAUUGAUAUGUCAGGAUAUGUUGCCGAAGAAAAGCUAGCCAUUGCCAAACAGUACCUCAUUCCGCAAGCGAUGAGAGACAGUGGAGUCGAAGAUAAGCACAUCAACAUAACCGACGAUGCGUUGAAUGUGCUGAUCAGAAGUUACUGCCGUGAAUCGGGAGUACGCAACUUGCAAAAGCAAGUUGAGAAGAUCGUACGCAAAGUAGCCUUCAAGGUCGUGCGAAAGGAGGCUGAGUUUACUGAAGUUUCCGGUGGCAAUCUGAGCGAUUUGCUCGGAAAACCCAUAUUUACACAUGAUCGUAUGUAUGACAUUACACCACCGGGAGUGGUAAUGGGUCUCGCAUGGACUGCUAUGGGUGGCUCGGCUUUGUACAUUGAAACGGCGAAGCGUAAGCAUUUAGAGCCGGCGGACGGUGUCGACUCCAAGCCGGUGCCCAGCGACGGCACCCUCGAAUUGACCGGCCAUCUCGGUGACGUAAUGAAGGAAUCAGCACGGAUAUCGCUGACGGUCGCCCGAAACUUCAUCAAGCAGACCGAUCCGUCGAAUAAUUUCCUCGAGUGUAGCCAUCUGCAUCUGCAUGUCCCCGAGGGAGCCACUCCGAAGGAUGGUCCAAGUGCGGGCGUAACCAUUGUGACUGCACUGCUUUCGUUAGCCAAGAGUCAACCGAUACGGCAAAAUGUAGCUAUGACUGGAGAAGUUUCACUCAUGGGAAAAGUACUACCUGUUGGAGGAAUCAAGGAAAAGACGAUCGCUGCCAAACGAAGCGGUGUGAACUGCAUCAUCCUACCGGAGGACAAUAAGAAAGAUUUCACCGACCUACCAGCGUUCAUUACUGAAGGCUUAGAGGUACACUAUGCUACCACGUAUGCGGAUGUGUAUCGAAUUGUGUUCCCUGAAAGCUAAGUUAGUGAUUAAUUAUUAGAAGUUUAGGGAUGUGAAUAGUUGAAUUUCGGGCAAUGCGAUCAAUUAAAUGCUUCCGUAAAUGUUAUUUUCUCGUAUCCACAACACUAUUUAUUGUUCAACAAGACCAAUUCUACACUUUGAGGGUUAAUUUCAACGGUUCGGCGGCUUUCUCGGCUGGCGGCG